UGCUCGCAAAAGAACUGCUUGUUUGUACACCAUGGAGUUGAAACUACUGACUGUGUUGGCACUCUUCGCCGUAUGUGGUAUCGUACAGGCCAGGCAGGUCACUCCGGAUUAUUGUGACACAAUCUGCCGCCACCAACGUGAAGGCUCCAGUGCCAGAAACGUGGUCCGUGGGAAGAAGCACCGCGCCUCCCGAUCAAAGGGACAUCUUGCACCGGCCAGCCGACAAAACGAUUAUGACGUCAGCUCAUUGUGCGCGUCUUGUUAUGGCUGGGAGACAACUGGAACAUCAGAUCGAGUGAUCUCUUCAAGACAAUCACAAUCAUUUCCUGCAUCGAUCGUGUCGACAGCGAUGCAGAUUCCAGAAGAGGUAAGUCAUCCAGUACAUUUAUUGAACGAACCACUUCCACAGAGAUGCGGUUGGGCCGACUUUACGGAUGAACUUUCUCAUCAUUUUAAUUCACAUGUUGCCUACGUGCUACCAAAGUUUCUUAAGGCAAUGAGUGGCGCCUUUGGUGGAUCUGGUGGAUCUGGUGGAUCUGGGUCAUCAUCGUUUCGCAGUACAGCAGUUGAAGUAACGUCACGCUGCAAUCAGCGCCAGGUAGCACAGCUGACUCCGCAUGGUGAUAUAUGCUUCGUCAGCACGUGGCCUCAGCAGGUGGCUGGCUCACAAGUUGUCAGAUAG